AUGCAAAACCAGUAUACCAAGCGUAAGGUCGCACCCCGCGACGCGCGCUCGUGCCUCGUUUGUCUCAAACCUACCGCCUGUGUCCUGUACAACGCCUCGAUCCAGGACUGGUUCCACUGCUGCGAGCUGCACCUCCAGGACAACCCGCAGUUCGCGAAGCCCGUGUACCCAGCUGGCUACCAGGACGCGCUGGGUCAGCUUGCCGAGCUCAAACGCACUCUCGACGCGCAGCGCGUGCACGGCUCGGGCUCCUGGGACACCUGGGUCAACAAGCUCAUCUCGCGCAAGCCCAAGAGCGAGAACGACAAGGACAAAGAGCCCGGCAAGGAGCCCAGCAAAGAUCCAGACGAGGAGCCUGGAAAGGGGUCUGACAAAGAACCAUCGCCUGCCGGCGACGACGCGGCCUGCGCAUACCAGCAGGCGCUCGACCGCGUCGCCCGCUACCGCAAAAACCUGCGCACAUACAGUCUCAGCCAAAUCAUGUUCGAGAGCAGGCUCGAAGCGCAGAAGCGCGCAGAAGCGCUUAAGCAGCGCCGCCAGCGCGAGCAGGAAGCCUAUACCAACACCGACCCUGAUGAGCUCCAGGCCAAGUUCGCCUUUCCAAGCGUCCCGCGACCCUGA